AUGGGAGAAAAGUGGCUUUCAUUGCUUGGUGUUGUUUCUUGUCCUCGUCACCGUGUAGGCUCACUUGUCUGUGAGCUAAUGGCUGUCCGGCGCCCCAUUACGUUUUCUGUCGUGGCACAGUCUUUUGUAUGCUGCGCUCUGCUGUCAGUGUUUUUUUUUUUGAAUUUCUUUUGUUUUUGCGCUGCUCCUUCUCUGCCUUGUGAGGCAAAGGUGAAAGCGGCGAUGCAGCAGGAGUCCGCCUCGCCGCAGUAUGCAGGUGGUGAGAGUCUCGCACUGACGCCGUUCAGGCGGGCAGAAAAACGCUACAAGUUAUACCGCCUUGACCGACGUGCCGCGCGUCGCCAGAUGAUGCCUGAGACGGACUUCAACGACGUGGUGGACGUUCGGCACCCCGACGCAAACACGGAGCAUAACCGCUCGCGCCUUCGCAGCGUCCAAGGUCUGGGUGACUCGCAGGCACGGUGCUUUGCAUUCACCUCCGUGCCGGGGCUGCUACUUUUUCCCGAGUGCAUUCCUGUAGAGGAGCAGCAGGCGCUCUGCCGGGAUGCGGUACUGAAGUAUGCUGACUCCAGGCAGCACCCCAAUCACCUUUCAACGCACGUCAGUGAGCCAAAGUGCACGACACGGUACGAGGCGCCUAUGCGCUGGGCAACGCUUGGAUUCAGCUACGACUGGACCACCAAGACGUACAGCCGCGGACGCUACUCGCCCUUUCCAUUGGCGCUGCGGCGUCGCAUAGAUGACAUACUGCACAUGUGUGGAUGCAUCCCGGAGCUUAGCGGUGCCAGCGUGUCCACCUACGAGCCCCAGACGGCAAUUGUAAACUACUUUUCAGUGGGGUCGAUGAUGAUGGCUCACCAAGACGUGAGUGAGGAGUCGAUGCAGCAGCCUUUAAUUAGCAUUUCGCUGGGGUGCUCGUGCGUCUUCCUCAUGGGGACCGCCUCGCGGGAGGAGGCACCCUAUGCCUUUUGGCUGCGGAGUGGAGAUGUUGCGGUGUUCUCCGGACCCGCACGUGUGGCGUUUCACUCCAUCCCACGCAUCAUGGAUGACUGUCCGACGCAUCUGUGCUCGCGCUCCGAGGAGCACGAAGAUGAGCCGCACGGGGGCGGCAAAGAUGUCGAUGACGAUGAUGCCUACUGGCGGGCACAGAUGCGUCACAUGCGAAUUAACAUAAACGUGAGGCAGGUGUAUUCGGACAGCUGCAAGUUUAUCUUCGAAUCGUAG